AUGGGACUGACCGAGAGCCGAGUCACGGCAAUGGGAAUAGUAUCCAACCGACCGAUCGACUCGUCCGAAGGCCAAGACGAAUUCUUUGGUGAUUCAUCAGUUGCUUCUUUCUUGAAACAGAUCAAAAGCCCUACGCAGAUAGUCUCUGCAGAUUCAGAUCCAUGUGCGAGAUUAAGUGCAGAUCCAACUUGCCUGUCACGGCUUCCCGAAUCGUCUCGUUCUGUAGCCGUCAAAACGUACCAGAUGCCACCUCGGCAACUGGCUGAUUAUCUUCUAACGUGCUAUUUCGACAAAAUCCAUAGCCUGUAUCCAUUCGUUCACAGGCCAAGUUUCCUGUGCGCGUACAGAGACCUAUGGACCUCUCACGCUGAGGCAGAUGUGCAGAGAGCCCGGUCUGGUCUGGGAUUAGGAGAUGCUAGGAUACCAGCUCCUAUAUUCCACUGCUCGUUGAACAUUAUCUUCGCUCUGGGAUGCCAAUUCUCCAAGCUCGACCAUGCAGCACGCGAAGCGAUGUCGGAGGAAGCGAGUAGUAUGAUGUUGGGCAGGCCUCCUAUGACUCGUGCUUCAGCAGUGCCUCUUCCCGAGGCCGUGGAUGAUGAGGUUCUUGAUACCAAUACCCAACAUUCCCGGAUACCCAGCCGGCCGCCUUCACGGACCGAAUUCUAUGUCCACACUCUGCAUUUAUACAAGAUUCUAAGGAAGAUUUUGUCCGAGGUUUAUGAGCCUUGGGAAGAUGGGAGAAUGCAAGAAAAUAUCCAACCACAAAGCCAGCAGUUUCAGAUACUAAUCGAGCUGGACGCAGAGCUGGAAGCCUUCAAGUUGAACCUUCCAGCGCACCUACAAUGGCAUACGUCACAGGAGUCCUCGAGCGUCCCGCAGCAAUCUUCCCGCGAGAGUAGUCUGCUAAGAGCAAGGUUUCUUCACUUGAGGAUUUUGCUGCUGCGUCCUACCCUCGUGAAAUUCUGCCGAGAAGGGCAGCCAGAUGAAUCCUCCGCGCAUUUUCGUUCUCGAAAGCUGCAUGCAGAAACAGGAAGCAAGAUAUUCUCCGACUUUAGUCUUGGCUGCUCAACUAGUUGCAUUGAAGCUGCAAUUGAACUAUCAUUCCUUAUGAAUGAAAUUUCCAGGACCGAGUUGGCCAGUGUAUGGUGGUAUAAUAUCUUUUACACCUUCACAGCUGGGGCUGUUCUCAUACUGGCCCAGACAUAUCCAGCUAUCGAGUCGAUAUUCUCGAAACAAGCCCUUUCUGAUUCUUGGAAAGCCUGCAUUGACUGCCUGGAAACGAUGAACGCCCCCGGCAGCACCGCCAAAACCUGUGCGAGCAAUCUUCGCAAGGCCCUGGCCGUUGCUGUGCAGGAAAGCGUUCAUCCUCCUCGCCCCAAUACCAAAAGUACCGCUGAGGACACACCGGAAACAGUAGGGCCAGGCGUAGGCCAUGCCGCAUCGUCUACUUACACGCCUACCUUAUCCCCAUCACAUCCCUCAGGAGACGUAGACGUUGCCGCUAACCGGGACUUUCUGGGUAUUCUGGAGUCCGAUCCAUUUGGCUAUGUAUGGGGACAAGAUAUCAACGACCCUUUGCCCGAGAUGCUGUGGGAUGAGUUUUGGUUGAUGGCGCCUUCGCUUUGA